AUGUCUGUCAACGUCAACCGCAGUGUUUCCGAUCAGUUCUAUCGGUACAAAAUGCCCCGUCUGAUUGCCAAGGUAGAGGGCAAAGGAAAUGGAAUAAAGACAGUAAUCGUCAACAUGGUUGACGUUGCAAAGGCGCUUAAUCGGCCUCCUACGUAUCCCACCAAAUAUUUUGGUUGUGAGCUGGGAGCACAGACCCAGUUUGAUGUUAAGAAUGACCGUUACAUUGUCAAUGGAUCUCAUGAGGCAAAUAAGCUGCAAGACAUGUUGGAUGGAUUCAUUAAAAAGUUUGUUCUUUGUCCUGAGUGUGAGAAUCCUGAAACAGAUCUGCAUGUCAAUCCCAAGAAACAAACAAUAGGCAAUUCCUGUAAAGCCUGUGGCUAUCGAGGCAUGCUGGAUACAAAUCAUAAGCUCUGUACUUUCAUUCUCAAAAACCCACCAGAGAACACAGACAGCAGUACAGGCAAAAAGAAGGAAGAUAAAAAAAACAAGAGGGGAAAAGAAAAUGGUUCUGUAGCAAACAAUGAAUCGCCUGUCCUAACAGAGUUAAAUCCUCCACGUGUGGAUGAAGAGGAGGAUGAUGAUGAAGAUUGGGGUGAAGACACAACUGCAGAGGCUCAGCGACGCCGAAUGGAGGAAAUAAGUGAUCAUGCAAAGAAUCUAACGCUAAGUGAGGAUCUGGAAAGGACAGUUGAGGACAGAGUUAACAUGCUGUUCGACUUUGUAAAGAAAAAGAAGGAAGAGGGAGUUAUAGAUUCAUCAGAAAAGGAGAUUCUGGCUGAGGCUGAAAGACUAGAUGUAAAAACACAGGGGCCUUUGGUCUUAACAGAAGUUUUAUUUGAUGACAAGAUAAGAGAACAGAUCAAGAAAUACAGACGACACUUCCUAAGGUUCUGCCACAACAACAAGAAAGCACAGAGGUACCUGCUCCAUGGUUUUGAGUGUGUUGUGAGUAUGCACCAAGCACAACUACUCUCCAAAAUUCCACAUAUCUUGAAGGAGAUGUAUGAUGCAGACCUCCUGGAGGAGGAAGUUAUCAUCAGUUGGGCUGAGAAGCCAUCUAAAAAAUACGUCUCUAAAGAACUUGCCAAAGAUAUUCGAGCAAAAGCAGAGCCUUUUAUUAAAUGGCUAAAAGAGGCUGAAGAGGAGUCUUCAGGUGAUGACGACGAUGAGGAAGAUGAGAAUAUUGAGGUUGUAUAUUCCACGACUGUAAACGUUCCUAAAGUGGAAACUGUAAAAUCUCCUGUUGAGAAAGAUGACGACAUUGAUAUUGAUGCCAUUUAA